UGCUUGCUUACACCGAUGAUAAUUCUACAGAGUGAAGCAUUCUGAGAGUCUUAUUUCGCAAGCAUGAUGCCACCCCUGCCAUUCUGGCUGAAGGGUACGACACCCGAAAUCGAAAGGGUAGCCCGGGAAGAGCUUGGUGAAACUGCAGAAGUUAGACAAAGAAGUUUGAAAGAAAUUAAAGUGCUUAUUAAUGAAGAGCCAGGAUUUUGUCCUCUUCUUGAUGACGAAUUCUUGCUUCGAUUCCUCCGAGCCAAGAAGUUCCACGUUGGCAGAGCUUUCGCCACUUUGAAAAACUAUUAUGCCUUCAAAGUUCGCUAUUCCGGGGUUGUCACGGACUUGCUACCGAAAGAUCUCAGAUCUGUUUUUGAAACGGACAAAGUAAUCAUAUCGCCUAAAAGGGGACCUAAUGGAGAAGGCAUUCUCAUAUCGUUCAUAGGAUCUUUUGAUACUGACUCCUUUACUGUCGAGCAGCAUUUCGCCGCAUCUCUUAUCAGUGCAGAAAUUGGAAUGGAGACAGAUGGCUCGCAAGUUUGUGGCAGUCGUCUUAUUAUCGACAUGCAAGGCAUGACAUGGCGCAAACUGAGGCAUUACAUAAACCCAUCAUUUGUUAGCAGUGUCGCCAGGUGCAUACAGGAUGUGAUGCCUUGUCGAAUCUGCGGAAUCCAUGCAGUACAUGAACCAUUUUACUUCGGUUCUGCCUAUCAAGCCAUCAAGCCUUUACUCUCCAAAAAACUCAGAGAAAGGAUACAUUUCCACAGUUCCGAUUUGAGCAGUUUGCACAAAAUUUUACCUCCAGAGACGCUUCCUGAAGAGCUUGGUGGUUACUUAGGCAAGAAGGAUUUUCAAAAUUUUCGUUCCAUCAUACUUCAAAACAAUGACUUAAUGGAGAGGAUCAACGCGUACAUAUACAAUGGUAUGAAAUCGCCAUACCAAAGGAACAUCAGCAAAGCCGAAGACAGCUCAGAUCAUAAAGAAACAACAAGAACUUUGCUGAAUAUAUCACUUGGGUAAAUCAGUUGCAAUAUUUGGAAGAAAAAAAAAUAGUUUAAAAACUUCAUGAAACUUUUUCACCGAUAUAAUCCGUAAACUGAAAGAUUUUUUUUAGCACUGCAAUAGAAAUGAAAAUACCGAGAUAUUUUUACUCUUCUCCUAAAAUUAGGUAAUUUCAAAUGGUUUACGAACUUAAUGAAUACAAAACCUAAAAGACAAUAUUUUGUUAUUAAAACACAACAUUUUGCAUGAAUCAUUUUUUUGCAACUAUCAUCAGUUCCAGUAUCAGUUAACUUAUCUUUUCCAAACUGCACCAUGAAAGCUGCACUCAGAACUGUCAAAUGUGGUUUUUCACCAAUAUAAUCAGUAAACUGAAAGAUUUUUUUAGGAAUGAAAAUACCAAGAUAUUUUGACUCUUGUCCUAAAAUUAGGUAAUUUCAAAUGGUUUACGAGCUUAAUGAACACAAAAACUAAAGGACAAUAUUUUGCUAUUAAAACACAACAUUUAGCAUGAAUCAUUUCUUUGCAACUAUAGUCAGUUCCAGUAUCAGUUAACUUAUCUUUCCCAAGCUGCACCAUGAAAGCUACACACAGAACUGCCAAAUGUGGUUUUUCAGUUGUAAAGUUUCAAUCCAUUUUGUUAACAAAAACUCUGGAGAGGAUUUUUUGUGCACUAGAUCUUUGAUCCUGUGAUUCGAUCUAAUAUGAACGCAAAGUCAAAAUGGUUAAAUAAAACUUGAGAAUUUCUUUGAAAUUGCAGAUAACAAACACGCUUAGGCAGCGCUGGUCCUGAAUCUACCGUAAGCCUACAGAAAGCAUAAGUAUGGGAAAAGCUUUUUUUUUUUUUCUUCUUUUUUCUUGUUCCUGCAAUGGCAGGAACUUGGAGAGUGGGAUGAGUCACUGUGAUUUCAUGAUUCCAUUCCAGAAUUUGAAAUACAAACAUGGAUAGUUAUGCAGUUUUUACAAAUGAAUUUUUUAUAGCUAAAACAGAUCUUUCUUGCAUCUAACUAAGACAAUAUUUUUCACAAAAGUAACCACACAUUUAGAAUAUGAGUUGUAAUGGUUGCUAUGGAAAUAAGUAACGAUAAGUAAUAAAUGAAAGUCUUGGCAUUCCGUUCAUCAGUAACUUAAAGAUUUAUAAAUCUAUUGCAUCACAUAAAGUACAUAUAUAGACUUUUUCAUAUAUAAGUAUUUUAUCUCAUUACUUAGAUUCGAUAAACAUCAAUCUAUGCGUUAGAUGUUAAUCAUUUAUUUUAACAGCUUUAUUG